AUGGACACGACAGCCGGCAUCGCGGCUUGGCGCCAUUGCCAGGCCCACAUUGUCACCAUCAGUGCCCAGGCCAUUGACUUCCGCCGGACCGUGGGUGUGGGUGAGGUCCUCACCUCCUCGGCCAAGAUCGUCUUUGCUGGGGGGCUGGGGGUUGCCGCCCCCCCCCCCCCCCCCCCUGCGCUCAUGCACCGUGCUGGCGGCCUGCGACGCGGCCCGGCGCACCCGGUCGCCAUUUGGGUGCUCGUCAAUGCCCUGGUUCUGGCCAUUGGCUGGCUAGGCCCGGUCGUCAGUGCCGAUGAAUACCUCUACCAGCUGCCCUGGAGCAUGGCAGACUCCAGCAGCCCGAUGGAAAUUGGCCAUCCCAUCCAGGGGGACGUCAGCGCUGCCACGCAAUUUUGGGCCCACCACAUGCUCUGGGUCUACAAGCAGGAGGCCGACUUGGGGACAUUCACCGAAACCCGCCUCGGGCCAAUCUUCUCGGCCACUCCAAGACACCGACUGCAGCCCAACGUCUUCUCGGACGCCAUGCAGCCCGCGCUCUUGCCCUCCCAGUCCCAGCUUCCUGGGGCCAUUUUCCAGCAAAGCGACAGGCUGAUUGUCUGGCAGCAGAGCUCUGAGCCGGUAGACCUGGUCUUGGAUUCCGUCAGUCGGCUUCUGGCAUCGGUCGCUCGCGCGGACUCCUCCAGCGUCCACCUGCUUCUUGAGAGCACUGGCCUUGCUCUGACCCUUGUGGUGGCGGAUGGCACCGCUCCUGUGACGCCCAUCUCGAUGUCGCUUCCGCUCACACUUGACCCGACCCACCCGUUGUCCGUGGUGACCGACGGCACGGGGGAUCGCUUUUUCCUGGGGAUCUCCUCCGGCGUGUUGGUCGCCACGGUUUCCCCGCUGAAGGAGGUCAUUCAGGUGUCCCAAUUCUCGGAGCCCGUGGAGCGGCUCCUCUCCACGCGUCUUACAUCGGUCAAUCAGUUGGAUCUGGUGGUACUGUCGCAGGGUGGCCAGCUGGACAUCUGCUUGGACAUGCAGUCUGACCACACCUGCGCGACAACCGUGACCGGCCCACUGCCCGAGUCGGCCACCCCGGCCAACGUGCACUUUCUCAACCUCCCGCCGGCGGAGAGCCUCCAGCCGGCUGGGCGCCUACUUUUGGUCGAUCGGGCCACCCAGCGCCUUUGGGCAACGCACCAACUGGUCUCGGGAGCCGCGCUCACUUGGACUCGCAUCCACCUGCCCAACUUUUUUGGGGACUGGGCCAAUCUGCGACUGUUACACCUGCGGGUGCCUCCCUCGCCGGCGGGGUCCCACCGCCUGGUUGUGGCCACCAAGAUGGACAUUUUCCUCGACCACCAGGCCAUGGGGUGCGGCGUCGACCCAACCAUCAUGUGUGGACCGACGUACAAUCAUAUGUAUGAUCUCCUCCCUCGAGGCUGGGGAUGCACCACGUUCAACUUCCUCAGCCCACUUCAUCCCUCUGGGCGCCUGUGUGCCGGUUGUCAGCCUGGUCAUACCACUGCGAUGGUUGGGGCAACGCAAGCCCCCCCGUGCCAGCCCUGUGUAAUUGCCGGAUGUCACUCUUGUACCACAUCACAUUGCCUGGUUUGCAAUCAUGAUCUACUGUUGGUGGAGAACCCCACCAGUGGUGAAACCUCAUGCGUGGCGUCCUGCCCUCCGGGCUUCCGCCAGCACGGGCAGGCGUGCUUCCCCGUGCUGAGCAGCCGGAAGCUGGGCCUGGAUGUCGUGUUGGACCCGAUCCGCGAGCUCGACGGCACUUCUAACAACUCAAUCGCCGGCCUGGCCCGAACGUACCUGACCUUGGAGAAUUCCUCGCUGACCCUGACCCGGGCAAUGGUCACCGCCCGGGACCCGACUUCCCUGCUGGCUCUCCUCCCCGAGCGAAGCACCAUGGCGAUCAUUCACAAUGGCCUCGGGGACCAUGCCAACACCAGGGCCCUCGUCCUGACGAGUAAUCCCCCCGCUGGCAGGAAAUUGACCUCCCUCCUGGAGAUGGGUCUCACCGUCCUCCCUGACGGCCAUGUGCAACUGCAGUGGUUCUUUUGCCAGGCUGAUGGCUCCCUGUUCUCCAUGGUCCUCGGCUGUGACCUCCCACCCGGCGGGGGGGACAGCUGCGAGCCGUCCUUCUCCCAGCCAGCCUCCAUCACACUUCAGGGUGCCUGCCAGCAGAUUCAUCCCUUGGACGAGUCCCAUGCCGUGGUGCAGACAUCCGGCGGGAGUUUGCUCAUCGGGCUGCGCCUGCAGGGGGCCGCCUAUGUUACCCGCGAGAUCCCGGCCACCAUCGGGUCGCCUGUGCUCCUUCCUCCCCUGGCGCAGGACUCCCGCGGGCCGUGGCUGCUGUCCGGAUUCCUGAAUAGCAGUCAGCUCCACCUGAUGGGGCUGGUAUUUGAUGCCGAUCCGCGUCUUCGGUCUCUGCCGGGACCGGCUCUGGGCCUGAAUCCCUUUGAUCAAGGCGGCCGGCCUGUCAUCCUGCCCACCGGUCGCCCUUUGCACCCGGUCGAGGGGCUGUUCAGCUGGCUGGAAGAUGGGCCCCUUGGCCGGGGGACUGUCAACUGGAUGGCUCGCGUGGCCCCCUUGGGCCGAGCCGCCCAGGGCCUCACCGACAACCAAGCCAGCACCACCCUGCACUUGGCCGGCUUAUCGGCCGAGGAUGGGUCCCGGCUGGCAGACCAGAUCCCCCAUGUGCUGGUUGGCUUGUCGCUUGCCGGGCUGGCUGCCUCGGGGUUUCCGGCUGCGCUGCUGCUGCUCACUGACAAGGAGGCCGGGGUGGCUUUGUUGCACUGCCCCCCGGAGGUGGACCACUGCCGUCUGCAGCCGGGGCAAAUGUUCCCCCUGCCCUCGGGCCUGUUGUGGAACCCGCCCAAGCUGCAGGUGUCGCUGGUGCCCCCUGCCCGGCAGGCGCCGGAAGCCGUGGAUCCAGUGCAGGCCGGCUGGACCCUGGCCGCAUCCUUCAUGGUGACGGGCAUGACCACAUUCGAUGAGCGUUAUCACCCGCUGCGGCUGUCCAUCCGGGCCUCCCCCUGUGACUGGGGCUCCUUCGGGCCCGAGUGCGAGCCGUGCCAUGGGAAGUGCCUCGAUUGCGAUGGCCCGGGCCCGAGCGACUGCCUCCUCUGUCGGUACCACCUGCCGGCAGCCCCGGACACCUGCCUGGAUGCAUGCCCGACGGGGCUCUUCUCCAUGGCCCCCGGCGCCCCGUGCGCCUGCCAUCCGAGCUGUCAAUCCUGCGCCCCGCCGGACCUGGACCCGAACGGUGCAUUCUACUGCCACGCUUGUGCAUCGGGGUACGGCCUGCCGGUGGGCGUCCCCCGGCCCGAACUAUGCCUUGCUUGUCAUGCCAACUGCUCGGAAUGCUCGGUCGCCGGCGACCCGGCCGCUUGCACACGCUGCCGGCCGGGGCUCCUGCUCCACGGCUCCCAAUGUUUGGACGCCUGCCCGCCGGGGUUCUGGCCCGAUGACCAGGACACCUGCCAGCUCUGCACGGCCCACUGCCAGUCCUGCCUCGGGCCGACCGCCUGCGAGACAUGCGCGCCGCAGUACUUCCUCCUCGGCGACCUGUGCGCCCGGUGCGACGGGACCUGCGCCGCCUGCGACCGGGCCGAUGCCUGCCUCGCCUGCCAGCCGGGGCUCAUCUUCCUGCAGACCGACCCCCAGGCCGGGUCCCUGUGCGGCAGCAUGUGCGCCCCGGGCGAGUACGCCGGGCCGGCCCGCUGCACGGGCUGCCACGCCUCGUGCAGCCUAUGCGCCGGGGCCGCCCACCAGUGUCAGGUGUGCGCCGCGGGCCACCGGUGGUCCGGGGCCGCGCCGGCGCCCGGGGCCACCGGCACAUGCGUCGCCUGCCCGCCCAGCUGCACCGGCUGCACCCCGAGCAAGUGCCUCGGCUGCGAGGAGGGCCUCUUCCUGACGCACGGGGGCGCAUGUGUCGGCGGCUGCCCGGGGGGCACCUUCGGCGACGCCGACACCGGGACCUGCCAGCUGUGCGAUGUCAGCUGCCAGGAGUGCGCCGGGCCGACGGACGCCCACUGCUCGGCCUGCGCCCCGGGGCUGGACCCGUGCAUCACCUGCCCGGGAGACCGGGCGCUCCAUGCGGGCGCCUGCCUGGCCGCCUGCCCGCCGGGCUACCACGCCCGGGCGGAGGCCGAGGCCGGCCGCGUGUGCCGGCCUUGCGAUUCGUCCUGCGCCACCUGCUCCGACGCCUCGGCCACCGAGUGCACCGGGUGCAUGGCGCCCAAGCUGCUGCAUGACGGGGCGUGCGUGGGCGCCUGCCCCCCGGGCAGGCUCGCCUGCGGCGUGUCCGGCAAGUGCGAGGAUUGCCCGGCCGGCUGCGCCGCCUGCGCCAGUGCCCUGGAGCAGCCCGGCGUCGGCUGCUUGGCUUCCUGCAGCAGCUGCGCCGGGGGGCUCGUUCUGUCGGCCAGGGAUGGCCGGUGCGUGGCCGCCUGCCCGGCGGGGGAGUUCACGCCCGACGCGCGCGCCUGCGCCACAUGCCAUGCCUCGUGCCGGACAUGCCACGCGGCGGCCGACCGGUGCACCUCCUGCCCGGACGCCCGGCAGUGGCUGCACGUGGACACCGGGGUGUGCCUGAGCGCCUGCCUGGCCGCCGGCCAGGCCCCGUCGCCGGUGGAGCCGGUGUGCCUGCUGUGUGGGAGCCGGUGCACCCGGUGCACGGCCGGGCCGGGCACGCCGGCCUGCGCCAUCCUCCCGGACGGGUCGUUGGACUGCCCGCCGGCGGACCGGUGUGACCUGUGCGCCGGGGCGCACCUCCUGCACCGGGCCGAGUGCGUGCCCGAGUGUCCUGCCGGCUUCUUCGCGGACUGGCAGGCGGCGGUGCCCGGCUGCCGGGCAUGCCACCCGGCGUGCGGCAAGUCCUGCUCCGGCCCGGACCCGGCGGACUGCACGAGGUCCCUGCCCAAGCAGCGCCUCGCCCUGGGCCUGGGCAUCGGCCUCGGGGUGCUCUUCUGCCUGCUCGCCGCGGCCGGCAUCGUGGUGUGGGUCCUUUUCCGGCGCUGGCGGCGCCGCACGCGCAAGCCCUCGGUCGACGGCUUUUCCGAAGAAAACGCCACCGUGCUCAACACCAUGGUCGAGCUGUCGCUCCCCGGGAGCAUCCUGGUGAGCAUCACGAAUGACUUCGCCCCGCUGGACGAGCAGCUGGGCGCCGGGACCCAGGCGUCGGUGUUCGCGGCGCGCGCCGUCGGGGCCGGCAUCUCCGACCGGCUGGGCUGCCCGGCCACGGUGGCCAUCAAGCAGCUGAAGGCCGCGCGCAUGACGCCCACGCAGUUUUCCCUCUUCCAGAAUGAGGUGGCACUGAUGUGGCUGCUGCGCGACGCGCCGAACGUCGUCCGGCUGUACGGCUACAGCGAGCAGCCGCCGGCCCUGGUGAUGGAGCGCUACCAGACGGACCUGUCGACGCUGCUGCACUCGGAGAUCCCCCUCGCGGAGCCGGUGCUGCUCGGCAUCGUCCUGCAGUGGGCCUCCGGGCUGGAGGCCAUGCACCUCCAGGGCAUCGCCCACUGCGACCUGAAGCCGGCCAACAUCUUCCUCACCCGGCAGCCGGAUGGCGCAUGGUCGGCGGCCCUCGGCGACCUGGGCACCUCGCGCAGCCUCAACACCGACCGGUCCACGGCCCUCAUCAACCAGGCGCCGGAGCUGAAUGCCAUGACCGCGCGGUAUGCCGCGCCCGAGGUGCUGGUGGCCUUCCAGCGCCGGCGCCCGCUGGGCGCGGAGUCCCUCCUGGCGGCGGACAUCUACAGCGCGGCCAUCAUGCUGUGGGAGUGCCUGACUCGAUCGGUCCCCUGGAAGGGCCUGGGCUUCGACGAAAUUAUCGCCGCUGUCCUGGCCGACCGGCGCCCGGACCAGGCGGCCUUGGCCUCCGGCGGCAGCCGGAUCCCCCUUGCGACGGACCUCCUGGGCCUGGCAUGGGACUCGAGGCCGCACGCCCGGCCGAUGGCCGCCGCCUUCCGGCAAAAGUGCGCCGCCUGGCUGGCCCUCCUGUGAGGGGGUGCGCGGGGCCGCGGGGCCGCGGCUGGCCACCCUCUGCCACGGCGCCGGCCGCACUCCCUCCCGCUGCUUCGGCUUUCCCGCUGCCGGGCCCUGCGCCCUGGCCCGGGGAUGUGCGGUCAUUUUCCGGUGGCGCGCGCCCUGGCCGAGGUCCCUGCCGCCAGCACGGGCGCCCACUCGACCGCCCCCCUCUCUCCAUGUUUAUGUCUGCCCCUCGGCCGCCGUCCCAGCUGGCGUCAAUCGCGACCGGGGGCAGCCCCCCCGCUGCCGGGCCACGGGGUUUUUUAAUAUAUGGCUUGGGCACA